AUGCCCAGGAUAACGCUGAACGGCGUCCCGGUGGAUUUCCCCUUCCCGCCCUACGCCUGUCAGGAGGUUUACAUGGCCAAGGUGCUGGAGUGCCUGCAGAAGAAGGUAAACGGCAUUUUGGAGAGCCCUACGGGCACGGGAAAGACCCUCUGCCUGCUCUGUUCCACUCUGGCCUGGCGGGAGCACUUUAAAGAUACCAUCUCGGCCAAAAAAAUCGCUCAGCGUCUGAAGGGGGUGGAGCUUUUCCCCGAGAGACCCACCUCCUCCUGGGGCAGCGCCGACGCCGACACCCCAAGUUAUUACACCGAUAUUCCCAAAAUCAUUUAUGCCUCCAGAACUCACUCCCAACUUACACAGGUCAUUAAUGAGUUAAAGAACACGGUCUACAGGCCAAAGGUCUGUGUGUUGGGUUCCAGAGAGCAGCUUUGCAUCCACCCUGAGGUGAAGCGCCAGGAGAGCAACCACAUGCAGAUCUACAUGUGCCGGAUGAAGGUGAUGGCUCGUGCUUGUCACUUCUAUAACAAUGUGGAAGAGAAGAGUACAGAGAAAGAACUUAUUGACUCAAUCAUGGAUAUUGAAGACUUGGUUAAAAAUGGAAAUAAGCACAGAGCUUGUCCUUAUUAUCUCUCUCGAAGCCUGAAGCAGCAAGCAGAUAUUAUUUUUAUGCCAUACAACUAUUUACUAGACUCAAAGAGCCGGAGAGCACACAACUUGGACCUGAAGGGCACUGUGGUAAUCCUUGAUGAAGCUCACAACGUG